GUCUGACCGACUUCCCUCCCCAAAGUUUGACGCGGCAGAAAAAAAAGAGAGGUCCUGUCGACAGUCGCAUCUCCGACAGGUUCAGGAAUUCGGAUCCAACGCCCUUUCCCCGCGACCCCAGGGCUGACAACACCGGAACCAUGGAUAUCCACCGGUGCCGCUUCAUCCGUCAUCCUGCCUCGGCCAUCAAUGCCAUCGCAUUCACACACUCCUCGGUCCCUCCCUCGUCGUCGCACAAGCGCCACAUCGCGAAACAGAUUCAAGUCCGCCUCGCCAUCGGGAGAGCCAAUGGCGACAUUGAGAUUUGGAACCCGCUCCAGGGUAACUGGCAUCAGGAACUUGUCAUCCCCGGCGGUAAGGACCGGAGCGUCGAUGGCCUGGUCUGGGUCACGGAGCCCGACGAGGAGAUGGCCGACGGCAAGACCAUUUUCGGCAGGUCGCGCCUCUUCAGUAUCGGCUAUACAACCACAAUCACCGAGUGGGAUUUGGAGAAGGCCAGGGCGAAGAAGCAUGCGAGCGGCCAGCACGGAGAGAUAUGGUGCCUCGGCGUCCAGCCGCUCCCCAGCAAGGGCGCCGCCGCUUCUAGCAGUCGAAAACUCGUCGCCGGUACCGUCGAUGGCAACCUGGUCCUGUACUCAAUUGAAGAUGGCGACUUAAGAUUUCAGAGAACUUGUUUCCGCACACCGUCCAAAAAGAUCAAGUUCGUCAGCAUCGCCUUCCAGUCCCACAAUGUCGUCGUCGUCGGCUGCUCAAACAGCACCAUCUGCGCCUACGAUAUUCGAAACGGCACGCUGCUGAGACAGAUGACUCUCGGAACCGACAUAUCCGGCGGAUCCAAGAAUAUCAUUGUGUGGGCUGUCAAGUGUCUGCCUAACGGCGACAUCGUAUCUGGAGAUUCGACUGGCCAGGUGUGCAUUUGGGACGGCAAGACUUACACCCAGGCCCAACGGAUUCAGAGCCAUUCCCAAGAUGUCUUGUGUCUCUCUGUCAGUUCAGAUGGCUCCAAAAUUGUUUCCGGAGGAAUGGACCGACGGACGGCCAUCUACGAGCCUAUUGCUGGGCAAAGCGGCCGUUGGUCAAAAGCGUUCCAUCGCCGCUAUCACCAGCAUGACGUCAAGGCAAUGGCCUCCUUCGAGUCCAAAGGGAUGAGCGUUGUUGUGUCUGGCGGCUCCGACGCAAGUCCAGUGGUCCUGCCGUUGCGCGCUGCGGGCAAAGAGCAUCAUCGAACGCUCCCACAUCUUCCGCAAAAUGCCCCUCUGCACAGCGCCCCCAAGGCACGCUUCAUUCUCAGCUGGUGGGAAAACGAGAUUAGGAUCUGGCAUCUCCUCAGCCCCGCCCAGCAACUGCUAGACGACCCCCAAGCUGCUCUUAGCUUGCGCAAGAACAGAAAGCUUCUUGCCCAGGUUUUGGUGAAAGGAGACUCUCACAUAUCCUCGGCUGCGAUCAGCGAAGACGGCACCCUCCUUGUUGCCUCAACCGCUACAGGUAUCAAGGUGUUUCAGCUCGAUUUCACAAGGGGAGAGCACAUCGAGCAGCUCCAAAUCAGGAGAGUGGACAUAUCAACAGCAGGCGUCGCGGCUACCAAGGUCCAGAUAUCGCCGGAUGCACAAUGGAUAUCUUGGGUCGAGGAAGGGAGUAGGGUCAUGAUUGCCAGGGUGUGCACUACAGAAUCCGCGGCCGGCAUCUCGUACACAGUUUCCCAACCCUUCAAAUUGCACCGACUCCGGCGUCAGAUACCCAAGCACAUUCUUCUCGGCGGCCUGGGAUCCUAUGACCGGAACAUUACGCAGAUGACUUUCUCGCCUGACAGCAAACUGCUCGGCGUGGCCGACUUGGCGGGGUACAUCGACACUUGGGUCUUACGCGGCCCCGGCGAGGGAGUGGACGGUGCGAGUGGCGAGGAUGACGACGGCGCGACGAGCGAAUCCACGAGUGAUUCGUCAGACGAGGAAAACGAGGAUGUGGCGGGCGAGCGCUGGGUCCGGAAUCCCAACGCCGCCCUCCUGCCCAAGCUCGGGGCCGCGCCCGUUGUGCUGUCCUUCCCUAAGACCCAGCGGGAAGAUGGCGACUAUGACCUGCUGGCCAUCACUACGGUAAAGCAAGUCCUCGUCUUCAAUCCGCUUCGUGGGGUGCUCUCCGAGUGGUCGCGUCGGAAUACGUACCCUAAACUUCCGGUACAAUUCCGCGAUACCCGUGACCAGAUCAAGGGAGUGGUAUGGCAGGGUCACCGAGCCUGGAUCUACGGCGUUUCGGCCCUGUUCAUGUUGGAUCUGUCUCAGGACUUCGAUCUGGAGGCGGACUCGCCUGAAGGAAGGGACGGGCAAAAACAGGGCACCAAGCGAAAACGCGGCGGGCAGGAGAGCGGCGCGGGCGGAAAGAUGGAGAAGCACUCGCUCGUACCCCAGCGAGUCCGGACGGCAGCUGGACCGGACGGGGCGAAAUGGGAGGAUGUGGAGAUGGCCGAUGCCGACGAUCAAAAGAGUGUUGGCGCGAGCAGCGGGGUCGACGACGAUGACGAGGACACGGAUGGCGGUGAGCUGCAGCGUCUGAGAGACGAGCAAGGAGCCAACGGGAACGCGCACGAAGCUGGGAAGGAGGGGACAACAACAAGGGCGAAAUGGUGGCACAGUUACCAGUUCCGGCCGAUACUGGGCCUUGUACCGCUCGAGGCCAUGCAUGAAGCAACUGUCUUGACGAAUGAGGACGUCCCCGCAGGGCCGCCGCCUCUCGAGGUUGCGCUGGUCGAGCGGCCGUUGUCAAGCAAUGACCUGCCGGAACGGUAUUUUGCAGAGGGCGAGUGGGAGAGGUGAAUUCAGCUUGGUCGGGACGGGGAGAUUCAGAGGGUGGGGGGCGGCCGGUGAGUCCGCUGGCAUCGAGGGUGGGAGGCUCCUGAUAGACUGCACUUGCUUCUGCUAGCAUGUAGCAGCUGAGCUAAGUCCAUGUAUGUACGAUCUAGGGCGAUGUUUGACCCUGAAAGGGCUUGGAUCAGAAUUUUACCUGUCAUGAUGGGCUCUUGUUUGAACUUCCUCCUGCCAUGGAACAACAACGCCCCGGGAGGGUUUUCCUCGGACGAGAUACACCAUCUGUCAAAGUCAUCGAUACCACGAAUCACCUUGAGUCAAACUCCCUGUUAAAAUAGUGACUGGUGGUACUCCGGCAAGCUCGCCCAGCUGCAUACAAAGUUGAU